CCUGAAGCGUCCGGCUGGCGUCUCCUCGUUUCCUAGCAACGCAGAGAGGCCAUUGACAGCGGCGCCGAGGUUUGGUUUAAUGGUUCAUUUCAUUUUAGAAAACAAGCAGAAAAGUGAAACGAAUGGAGAAAUAUGAAAUUUUGGAUAAAAAGGAUGCAGGUGCUUAUGGCUACACCUUCAUUGUGAAAAACAGGAGAAAUGAUCAAAUUUACACAAUGAAGAGGGUUGAGUGUCGUGAUGAAGGAGAGGCCAACAAGGCAUUACGGGAGUCACUCUGCCUUCUGGAAUUACAACACUCAAAUGUAAUCGGCUACAAGGAGGUGUUCAUGAUAUGGGAUCCUAAGAUUUCAUCUGUUAUUGUGUGCCUGGUAAUGGAUUGUUGUGCUAUGUCAAGCCUUUCCGACUUGAUCAGAACAAAAAGGAAGCAGGAAGAUAAAUUUGAUGAAGCAGUGAUUAGGAAGUGGCUUGGCCAGCUGAUCGACGCUUUAGUCUACCUGCACAAACAGAACAUCAUUCACAGAAACCUGAAGCCAUCCAAUAUAUUACUGAUGCCAGAUCAGUCCUUUGCCAUUUUUGACUUUAAUGUUGCCUGUCUGGCUGAUGAUGAGCAGAAGCUGAAAGUACGAAUGAAAGAAAAUAAAAAGUCUUGGAUGGCUCCAGAAUCUGUAACAUGUUAUGAGUGGAGCGAAAAGUCUGAUGUUUGGUCUUUAGGCUGCAUCAUCCUGGAAAUGUUGACUUUGACUUUGUUAAAUGAGGAUGCUGCUAUGUCUCUCCUACAAAGAAUCCGAGAAGAUUCUGGACUUCUGAAAUCUUCCCUUGACUCAUUGGGAUGCUCCCAUGAUCUCUGUCAGUUACUGAUGAAAAUAUUAGAGAAAGACCCAGACCAGAGACCUACUGCAUUAGAUCUGGUCUAUGUUCCUUAUGUGAAGGAAUGCCUGUUGGUGUGUGGCUCUCCACUUUCUGGUCUAAAGAAAAGACUUCCAUUUGGGAUAACAGGUGCCCCGUGUGAGGAAGGACAGCAAGCUGUGCUGGAAUUUAUGCAGAAAUAUUUUGAUGUGGAGGAAGCACAGAUUUCCGGCCUCAGAUUCUUCCUGGAGGCUGAUCAAGCUGCAUUUGCAGUCACCUCCCAGUUCAAGGACAUGCUUAUGUCUUUGAUGAAGAAUCAUGCAGACUCUCCUGAAGUCCAUCUUGAAGCCUGCAGGGUUCUGUACCAGCUUUCUGUGGCAGCCUUGGAGCGGGGACUGGAGAAAGAGCUUCUACACAGUCCUGAAGUAAUAAGCUGUAUACUGAAGGCAAUCAGGAGCUAUUCCACAGAAAUCGAGCUGCUUAUACUUGCACUCAAUAUUUGUAUGAUUCUGUCAGAAAAUGAAGAUGCUGCUCUGGCUUUUGGAAAAUUAGGUGGAGUCCAGGACCUUCUUAAUGUGAUGAGGACAUUUCCUGACAACGUGGAGAUCUGCAGACUGUGCUGUAGGACACUCUGGGGUUUAGUGCUCAACAAGAAUAAUGCAAGGAUAGCCUGUGCAGAGGGAGCUGUGGACACACUAUGCAGUAUAGGAGAGGCUCAUCUCCUAGAUGGAGGUCUAAUGGAGUCUAUGUGCUCUGCAUUAUGGUCUUUGACUUUACAAGGUAAUAUAACAGAAGGUCAAUAUGAAAAGAUCACCAGUCUUCUUCUGGAUGCCAUUAAAAAUCACCUAUCAAGACAAGCAGCGGUAAAAAAUGCCUGCUCAGCCUUGGCCAGUCUAGUCAGCGCAUCAGAAUUGUCUGCAGCACACAUACUACUGUGCAUUGAUGGCAGCAGCGGGGCUCAAUUGCUUAAAGAAAUAUACACGAACCACAGUGAUGAUCCUGAAGUAGUCGAGAACGUCUGCUCUGUGCUCAAUGAGAUAUGUCAAUAUGGUGACUUGGCAAUGGAGUUAGCAGCACAAAAGUUCAAGACAAUGCUUAAUGAGAUCAAAGAAAAGUUUGCAUCAAACAAGGAAAUCAUAGACCUGGCAGAGGCAGCUGCUCUGAAAAUGCAAGAGUAAAGAGAAGAUUAACUAUUCAGUGAUUUUGUUUA